UCAAAACUCCAGCGACUCUUGUAGUAUAAGGAACAACUGUAUUGUCUGCUUAAUGCGUUUUGGCUUUUGGUCUUCAUCAUGGUCAUCAUUGGCCUGAAUGUCCUGGUGAAGGUCCUUGACCGAAACGUUGACUAAUAAAGCAGAGAAAAGUGUGUGCGGGAGAAAGUCAUUUUUUAUUUGAAAAAGUACAUAUUGGAGGGGAUCUACUCCCAGCACCACAAACAAUUUUGAGAAUGUGCAUGUUUACCUCUCUUUGAACAUCAUUGGCCUGAAACCACGUGACCAUUAACCCAGCCCAUCUAUGUGUGGGUGCCCUGUUUUUCCUGUUUAUAUCCCUCGUCUUCUACAAAACACUGCCAUUUCCUCCACUGAACUCUCCCACAGUGACUCAGGUGCAGUAUCGGUUGUGAUUGCACACUUUCUUUUCUGUAUGGGUGGCAAUAAAGUAAAUUACACAUUAAUGAAAUCACUGGAAAUCCAACUGUCAGCCGCUGAGGACUGCAAUUGCCGCUCUUGUUAAAGCGAGGACUUUGAACACAAACAACUCUGCAACCCAGAUAGAGAAACCUGAAGAGCAGGAAUGACAUACAGGAGUAUUCAAAGCACAGAGAAAGGGGGCGUUUUCUUUGUCCAUUUUUCCUUACAUUGCCUCACACUUUCUUCUGUGUUGGAUUCAGUGAGGCUGCAGACACAGAGCAAAGAGAACAAUGUGGAAAGCAGCGAUGUCCGUGUUCCUGCUGCUAAACAUGGCUAUGCAGGUGAUCGGUGCUGUAGAUGGGACGAGGGGGCCAGAGGUGAAGGCGAAGACAGAGGAGGCUGAAGCCACCAACGCCGUUCCUGCAAGUGACGCUUCUCCUUCGGGUUUCUCGGGCAACCUGCUGGUCAUACCUAUGGAUGGGAGUCACUGGGUGACUGUAAAGGCCAUAGCCCAAGAAAUAGGUCGCCGUGGACACCGGGUCACCGUGGUGAUACCGGAGGUCAGCAUACGGAUGGGUCCAGGGAAACACUACGAAACCGUGACCCAUCCUGUUCCUUACGACAAGGCUUUCAUUGACUCUGUCAUAUCCUCGAACAAGGACCCCCUGCAACAAUCAGCACAGUCUUUCACGGAGAAGAUAAGCAAAAAAUUCACACAAAUCCAGAGAAUAGCAGGCUUAAUCCACAGCGGAGCAGAGGCCCUACUGUUCAAUGCCAGUCUGAUCUCACAUCUGGCACAGCAGAACUUUGAUGCCGUCCUAACAGACCCCAUGGUGCCCACUGGCUCACUGAUAGCUCGGAAAUUUGGACUCCCUACUAUAAAUGUGCUGAGGGCAAUUCCAUGUUACUUGGAUAUGAAGGCUGCAGGCUGCCCCGCCCCACCCUCAUAUGUUCCCCGCUUCUUCACCGGAAACACAGACAGAAUGAACUUCAAGCAGAGAUUUUUCAACACUUUGGUGACAUUAUUGGAGCCACUGCUAUGCCGACUGUUCUUCUGGCGCUUUGAUCAAAUAGCCUAUCAGUUCCUGGGAGAGGAUGUGGGUGUAGCUGAAGUCCUGUCAGACUCUGCUAUCUGGCUAAUGAGGUUAGACUUCACACUGGAGUUCCCACGCCCUUUAAUGCCUAAUAUAGUGCCAGUCGGUGGAAUCAACUGCAACAUGAGACACCCCCUGCCUGAGGAUCUGGAGUCCUGGGUGGCAGGAGAACAUGGGUUUGUAGUGUUCACUCUGGGCACUAUGGUGUCAGACCUGCCAGAAGAGACAACCUCCGUCUUCCUAGAGGCCUUUAGACAGAUUCCACAGAAAGUAAUAUGGAGGCACACUGGGAAGGUUCCCGACAACGUCCCGGAAAAUGUGAAGCUGAUGAAAUGGGUGCCUCAGAAUGACCUGCUGGCACACCCUGGAGCCCGGGCUUUCAUCACUCACGCUGGCUCGCAUGGUCUCUUUGAGGGACUGUGUCACGCUAUUCCCAUGGUGAUGGUGCCAAUUGGGGGGGACCAGCCUGACAACGCGCAGAGGAUUGCGAGCAGGGAAGCCGGAGUGGUGUUGGAUAUUUAUUCGAUCACUACAGAAAACCUUCUUUGGGGACUGAAUGAGGUCAUCAAUGACACCAGGUAUAAAGAGAACAUGCAGAAGCUCUCGGCUCUCCAUAAAGACCGGCCUAUUGACCCACUCGACCUUUCAGUGUACUGGACAGAAUUUGUGAUGCGGCACAAAGGGGCAAAACAUCUCAGAGCUGCUGUCCAUGACCUCAACUGGCUCCAGUACUACUGCCUGGAUGUCAUAGCGCUACUGGCUACUGUGGUGCUGGUUUUCGUAAUACUGACAGUAAAAUGCUUGAAACUAUGCCUCCGGAAACUGAGCAGGAAGAGGAAGAACGACUGACCUGGUGCUACCUUCAUCUCAGCAAUAACACUAUGUCAAGGGAGAUUUAAAAAAACAUCAUUGUCAUUAAAAUAUGAAUGCAAA